AUGUAUCAUUUUCACACAAAAAACGCAGUCACAUAACCAUGGGUAAAGACACAAAAAACGUACCGGGAGUACUUUUUUAGAAGUUACUCCGUAGAACAUUUUGAAGGUUACAAAAAAAGGAUAAUUUGUCAUUGUACUUGUUAAAAUGUACACAAUUUUGAUAAAAAAAUGGCUCUGCAACUUAAAGCCAUAUCCAAUGGGAUGCCCAAAAGAGAUGCUCAAAGGAGAGAGAAAAGGAUGUUUAUAAGUGCCACUAUUGGAGAUAGAUGCUUAGACCCUUCUCCCUACCCGAUUUCCAACCCUUCUCCCAAGUCGGCCGAAAUUCACAGAUCUCAACCCCUCAACCCCUGUGUCGUUCUCGUCUUCUCCGCCCUCACGAAUCGGCAAUCACCAUCUCACAUUCUCCCAGUUCGUGCGUUCUCAAGCCUACGCCAUUCACGCCAAGAUCUCGGCAAUCACCAUCUCCGUUCCGGCGUCACCAAUCGGCUAUCACCAGAUUUGUCGAAACUCAAGUUGGAUCCCGUUAUUGAUGCUUAGAGAUGUGAAGACAUUAAGAUCUUGGUUUUGGUAAUCCGAUUGAUGGUGAUGGGUGACAUCCAGUUCUGAAGGAAUUGAGCAUGAAGUCAUGGGA